AUACUUUACUAAUACUAUCACCACCACCACCAAUAGUACUACUACUACUACUUUUACUACCAUUACUACUACUUCUACUACUACUACUCCUACCACUUCAAAAGCAGUAGCAAUUAAUUAGGUUUAUGAACAUGUGUACGCCACCGCUACAACUUAAGAGAAAAAGCGCAAACACACACACACACACACACACACACACACACACACACACACACACACACACACACACACACACACACAGACAUAUGCUCCCGCGCUCAUUUCCCUGCGCACAAACCAGGUAACUUAUACCUGCUCAAGUAAAUAAUUCAGCGUCACCUAAUUUGAUACGGCUACACAUUUGUAUUAUUUCUUAAUUAACUUUUCCUUCUAAAUGCUGAUUCGUGCUCCGUCCCUCCUUGGUGGUGCAGGCAGGUCGGAUUCCCUGCAGCAGAGAGCAGCCAGGAAUGAAGAGCAAUUGUUUGUAUGAAAUAAAACAAAAUGAUACAGAGAGCCUGAAACACAUUACGACACUUUCCUGACCAGUACUGAGCAGAGUAACGUGAUGACGCUUCCCCGCCGACCCAUCGCCGCUGCCCGGGGCGUGAAGGGGAGGCCGGGGACGCGACAUUCGUCCUUCAAUAGUGGGAGGCGUCUCUCGGCCCGAGGCUAACCUGACGUCACCGAGGCGGCGGCACAUCCCAGUAUAUAAGUCGACGCGUCCUCCUCGGUCCUUACAUCUCAUCACCCACAGUCGCCAUGGCUCUCAAGGUUGUCCUGCUGUCAGCCCUCGCGGCCGUCACCCUUGCCCGCCCCGACAUCCCUGCAGCCUCCUAUGGCGCUCCUGCUCCCUCCUACCACGCUCCGGCGCCCUCUUACCACGCUCCUGCCCCUGAGGCGCCGCCCAAGUACGACUACAACUACGCCGUCAAGGACGAAUACUCCGGCAACGACUUCGGUGCCCAGGAGGCGCGCGACGGCUACGACACCCAGGGAUCCUACUACGUACAGCUGCCCGACGGCCGCCUGCAGAAGGUCACCUACACCGUCAACGGCGACUCAGGCUUCGUGGCCGACGUGACCUACGAGGGCGAGGCCCAGUACCCUCAGGGGAGCUACGCCCCCGCCCCAAAGCCCUCCUACGUCCCAACCCUAGCGCCCUCUUACGUCCCAGCCCCUGCCUACCAGUGAUGCUCCUCUGUUCUCCCGAUAUUCCCUCUCUGCCAAGGCUAUUUAUUAAAAAUAAACAC